AUUAAAUAUUUUUAUUCAAUUUACUUUUUUGUUAUUCCUUAUUUUCGGGCUGUCGUCUGGAAAUGCAAUAAUAUUGAGCAUUUAUGAGCAAAGUUUAAAAUUCCAGGUUCAUUUACAUAUUUCCCUGAUUUUUCUAGGUUUUCCCUGACUAAUUUAAAAUUCCAUGACUUUUCCCAGUUUUCCCGCUUUUCCAGGUCUAUGGCAAUCCUGUUUAAGGCUUGACGAAGCAAAAUAAUUAGCACAUUAAUAUUAACAGCGCAUCGUGCGCAUAUAAUUGACGUAUACACGUGAUAUAUUACUUUCAGCUCGCCGAGGUAUUAAAUUUCUGAUCGGUCUCAUAUUACCUAGCAACCUAUCUACCCUUUCACACGGGUCAUGGGUCAUUCGCUGAUGCACCCACCUUAUCGAGAGCCCGGCCACCGAAGAAGCACCGUUUCGCGAAGUUUUUACUCGUGGCGCAACCCGGACGUGGGCUCCUGGUUCAUACAGGCGCUCUGCGAGGAACUGGAUCUUCACGGACGAAGGAGGGAUCUACUCAGCCUAAUGACUUUCGUGAAUCGACGCGUCGCCAUCGAGUAUCAAUCCUACGUGCCGCAGAACGAGAAAUUCCACGGGAAGAAGCAGAUCCCGUCGAUUGUCUCCAUGUUAACCCGACUUGUGUACUUUCGCGAUAAGUGCGCAUCGAUUCCGGAGGAUAAAGAGGAGAAGUCGCAGGCUUGCGAAAAAAUUACGUAAAACGCGAAAGUUCGGCCGUCUCUCGAACACGGAUGAUGGAUUCGCCGUCAGAAACUGACAAAUAGAUUUCAAUUAUUUUCUUCUGUGCAUCGAAUCCAUUUGAAAAAUGAUCGCGGAUCCGUAUAUACGACUCGUCAAAUAUGUUUAGAUCUUGUGUCAAUCAAGCGUACAUGAACUCAAGUUAUUAUUAUUAUUUAAUAUAUUAUUACUCAAGUCGAAAUUUUUCUCCUAUUUUCAAUCUCGUUUUUUUUACGAUUUCUAGAAGGUUUCCACAUGAUUAACUUAUAAACAGAAAUUAAGCUCCUAUUUUGUAUCUCGAAUAAGCAAUAAACAAAUAAUUUUAAAUAUACAGAUAACUAUAGGUUAAAUACAG